AUGAUUUCUUGUGUCCAUUCGGGUGCUUCAGAGCUUAGCCCACCGGGGCCCUCUCAAGCUGUUUAUCGGGAGGAUUGCACACAGUGCUUUGAUUCGAUUGAUAAUGACUCGGGUCUGAAUGUGUGCCUCCAUUGCUUUAAUGGUGGCUGUACUGGGGAUAGGGACCAUGGUUUGCUCCACUACAAGCGCUCUGGGCAUCCGCUGGCUCUCAAUAUUCGAAGGACUCCGAAGAAAAUUCAGCGUGACGAGCCCCCGCCGAAGAUUUCGAAGCUCGCGAUCACUGCUGAAACAGACGAGGAUCGAUAUGAAAUUGUGACAUCGGUUACAUGCUAUCCGUGUGCUCAGCAAGAUGUGGACAAAACGAGCGGCAACUUACCCUCAGUGAUUGAGGGCAUCAUGAAUGCAAUGACAUUUUCCAAAAGGGAAGAGGUCAAAGCAUGGGAACAAGAAUUUGUUCCCUGUGAGCACACUUUAUGUAUGAUUCAGCAGGAGAUUGAGGAUGCAGACAGCAAAGACUCCAGCCAAUGCUCGGCUUGUGAAUUGAAAGAGAAUCUGUGGAUCUGUCUGGAAUGUGGAAAUAUUGGCUGCGGAAGAAGCCAAUUUGGUGGCAGUCCGGGGAAUUCACACGCUCUUGCUCAUGCAGACUCAGCAUCCCACGGUGUUGCUGUUAAACUUGGUUCCAUCACAGCGGAGGGCUCGGCGGAUGUAUAUUGCUACAAGUGCAACGAGGAGCGAACUGACCCAGAGCUUGCCAAUCACCUCGCACACUGGGGUAUCUAUUUGGCUGGGCGUGAAAAGACAGAGAAAAGCUUGAUGGAGAUGCAGGUAGAACACAACAUGCAUACUAUGCAAUGCAUCUUCUCGACGCCCGGUUUUGCAGAGCGUUACUACCAUCCUACCAAGGAGCCACCGCUGUGCCAGACCCCAGCACAAGACCUGGAAACUCAACUGAGGAAGCUUGCAGAUGGCAUUCUGUCCGGCCGAUACUCUCAGCCAGUUUCACGUGUUUUUGCCGUCCCGGAUACCCCAGAUGUUCCCCAUCAAAAGGGCCUGCCACCGACGAUGUUCAAAUAUCUCAUCGGACAGGGUCACGAGGAAUUUGCAACAAUGAGACAGCAGGAUGCAUUCGAAUUCCUCCUGCAUGUUUUUAAAUCCGUCAGCCUUUCGAAACAUGAGGGAAGCAUGUUCAACCCUGUCCAACAUUUUCGAUUCGAAGUUGAACAACGUCUACAAUGCUUGAGCUGCAGAAAAGUCCGCUACAAGGUAGAUGAGCAGGACAAUAUCUCAAUUGCAGUCCCCGCCCGCCGUGUGUCGAGCGAGUCUGGACGUUUUGAAUCGGUGACUUUGUCAGAGUGUCUGGAUAUUUUCACGGCACAGGAGAUCGUCGAGCUGAUUUGCCCUGCUUGUGAUAGUCGUGAUGGAUUUUCUAAGCGCUCUUCUUUCAAAACCCUACCGUGCGAACUGGCCAUAAAUGCCCGUCGCUUUGAGCUGGUAAAUUGGGUUCCUACCAAACUUGAUAUUCCAGUGCUUCUCGAUGAUAAGCCAAUUGACUUUGGAGCCUAUUUGGCUACAGAGCGUGAUCCGAAUGAGGAACUUCUUCCAGAAGUCAGCGACAGUGUUAGUUUCGUGCCUAACCCUGGUGCCCUCGAUCAGUUGAUGAGUAUGGGGUUUCCGUCCGCGAGAUGCGAGAAGGCUCUUCACGCAACAGGUAACUCUGAUUCAGAGGCCGCAAUGAAUUGGUUGUUUGCUCAUAUGGAUGAUCCGCACAUCGAUGACCCUCUAGUCUUGGGUCAAAAUACAGGUGGAUCUAAGGAUGUUGAGGAUGAAGGAAAAAUAAUGCAGCUUGGGGAGAUGGGCAUCGAGGCCGCUCGAGCCCGACAGGCUUUAGCUGCGACUGACGGCGAUGUAAAUCGCGCUCUGGACUGGGUCUUUAGCCACCCUGAGGAGGAAGUUGAGGAUAUUCAGACGGACAGUAAUACCCACCGUGUUCCAUCUGGCUAUGACAGCAAGCCAGCCUUUUAUCAGUUGCGAUCUAUCGUCUGUCAUAAAGGUACCUCUGUUCAUGCUGGUCAUUAUGUGGCUUUUGUUCGCAAGGCACUGCCGGGUCAAGACAGCCUUUCAUGGGUCAUGUUCAAUGACGAAAAGGUCGUGAGGUAUGACGAUAUCGAGGAAAUGAAGAAGACUGCCUACGUGUACUUCCUCACAAGGGUAUAG